AUGUGCUACAUGUCAGAAGGCAAAAGCGCAGCGGCAGAUUUCGCGGCGCCUAGCGGAAAGAUCUCGUGUCUAUGGGUCUUCAAGAGCGAUCGAGAACCAACCCUUGGAGAUUCGUUCAUGAGAUGGAUCGAGGAGGAAGGGAUUGUAUGGGAAACUAGCGUAGUGGGUAUACCCGAACAGAACGGCUUCAUCGAGAGAGCUGGUGGUGUUAUUAUCAAAGUCGCCCGCGGGUUACUACUUGACUCAAACCUGCCGAAAACACUAUGGCCUUUGGCCGUAAAAGCAGCAGGAUAUAUCAUCAACCGGACACUAACUAUGCUACAAGACGGUCGUACUGUGAUCCUAUGGGUGGAGGCUAUGUCAGCUAAGGCACAAGGCCCUAUUCGUCCUAACCUCUCUAAUCUUCUUCGUGAUGAGAGAGAUGUAAUCUUCGAUGAGGCCAUUAGAUUUGAUAGUAAUCAAGAGGAUUCAUCUCAAUUAGCUACAAUCCCUGCCAUAGACCCCUGGGGAAUUGGGAUGGGAGGCCAGAUUGAGACGGAAAGCUCGGAUGAAGAAGAAAUGCCCGUUCGCGACGACGAACCAGAACUCAACAUUUCAAAGCCGCUCUCUAUACUUCGAAUUAAAGAUACACUUCUCCCGACACCUUCGCCUACUCCUUCACGCGAUAUUCCGCCUGUUUCAAGCCGAGAAACUAUAGGAGAGGUCCCCGGGGCGUUCCCGGAAGGGAGAUAUGAUGGCCGUGUUACUCAAGAGCGUACUGCUCCCGUUCCAGCUGAGGGGGUGGGUAUUCGCCAGGAGAAUUUCGAACCUGGAGAUCAGCUGCAAAGCGAGCUACAUGAGAUGAUUUCAUCCGAUUUGCCAGAGGGCUAUCGAGAGAGAGGUACAAUUGCACCAAGGGAUAUCACAGCAGACCUCUCGGAAGGUAAUAUUCUAACGGGCAAGCGUACCCGGAAGAGAAGCCAGCACCACGCAGCUAUGAAUGUAGUGAUUCAUGGGGGGCAAGAUGAGGAUAACCACGAAGGCAUUUUGCUAGCGUUUCACGCAGCAAUGAACUUCUCAAGCUCCCAAGAUCGACCUAUGCGUGACGACCUCCCUCCACCGCCGCAGACCUAG